AGAAAAAUGAGGAUGCUCAGCAGCACAGGGCAAGCUUUUCCUUCCAACCUCCCUUUUUAUGCCUGCCAAAUCCUUCUUGCCUUCAAAAUGAAAAUCCAGGCUGCCUGCAUAUGUGUAAUCAAAGGUUAAAAAGCACCCCGGCUGACACCACGCAUGUGUUAAUCUGUGCUGCAGCAGAGUGCAUCAUUUCCACUUUGACCUCAGAGUUAAUCUGCAUUCAGGCAGAGGCUCCAUUGCUUUAUUCUUUUCUUUUUUUUUUUUUUUUCCCCUCUCAUUUACUCUAUUGCUUUAUUGGAAUUUGUUGCAUGCAUGUGUAUGGUUCUGUAAAUGUGUGCAUGUGUGUUUCUCCUUUCCUUUACUGUUUUUAUUCCGUGAGUGUCUGUGCAUUUGGUUUUUGGUGGGGUUUUUUUUUUCUCCCAAUUAUAUUAUUCCCCUAGAUUUGGAAGCCGCUGCCUGCUGCCUGAGCUGACGUUUUCUGAUUAUAUCUACAAAGGGCUUGUGCAGAUCUAAUUUCUGUCCCCCUGCAUAUUAAUUCCCGCAGCUGGGCGCAAUGUAUCAUCCCACUGACGGGACCUGGUAGGGAGGGGGGGAGAACCACUACCAAAAAAAUUAAAGAAGGGGACGGAUCCAUCUGCAACCAAGAGGAAAGGGGAAAAAAACUGGGGAGGGGGGGGGGAAGAAAGAGAGAUGAUUCCUCCAAAUCCAACAAGCCUGGGGACCACUGCAUUCUUGAAUCCUGCAUUUUCUCUCAAAAUGAUGGUGUGGGCACUUCUGUUCCUCUCUCUCAUCCAGUGUUCCACCCAAAAGGGAGAUGAUGAUUAUGAAGAUUACACGUCAAAUAAGACUUGGGUUUUGACUCCUAAAGUCCACGAGAGUGAUGUCACUCUUAUUUUAAAUGGCUUGCUAGAAGGAUAUGACAACAAGUUAAGACCUGAUAUAGGAGUUAAACCGACAAUAAUUCACACUGACAUGUACGUAAACAGCAUUGGGCCUGUGAAUGCUAUCAAUAUGGAAUAUACAAUUGAUAUAUUUUUCGCCCAAACGUGGUAUGACAGACGUCUGAAAUUCAACAGCACUAUAAAAGUGCUCAGAUUAAACAGCAACAUGGUUGGGAAGAUUUGGAUACCAGAUACAUUUUUCCGAAAUUCCAAGAAGGCUGAUGCGCAUUGGAUAACAACUCCUAAUAGGAUGCUCAGGAUCUGGAAUGACGGCAGAGUUUUGUACACAUUGAGGCUGACAAUUGAUGCUGAGUGUCAGCUACAGUUACACAACUUCCCAAUGGAUGCCCAUUCCUGCCCCCUGGAAUUUUCAAGCUAUGGCUACCCAAGAGAAGAGAUCAUUUACCAAUGGAAGCGAAGCUCAGUGGAGGUGGGGGACACCAGGUCCUGGAGGCUAUACCAGUUCUCCUUUACAGGAUUAAGAAAUACAACUGAGGUGGUGAAGACUACUUCAGGAGACUAUGUAGUCAUGUCUGUUUACUUUAACCUGAGCAGGAGAAUGGGUUAUUUCACUAUUCAGACCUACAUUCCCUGCACACUUAUUGUUGUGUUGUCCUGGGUCUCUUUCUGGAUUAAUAAGGAUGCAGUUCCAGCCAGAACAUCACUGGGUAUUACAACUGUCCUGACAAUGACCACUCUAAGUACAAUAGCUCGUAAAUCUCUUCCCAAAGUCUCCUAUGUCACAGCAAUGGAUCUUUUUGUGUCAGUCUGCUUUAUUUUUGUUUUCUCUGCACUGGUGGAAUAUGGAACUUUGCACUACUUUGUCAGCAACAGAAAACCAAGCAAGGACAAAGACAAAAAGAAGAAAAAUCCGCUUCUUCGGAUGUUUUCCUUCAAGGCACCUACAAUUGACAUCCGGCCUCGAUCAGCUACUAUUCAAAUGAACAAUGCUACACACCUCCAAGAAAGGGACGAAGAAUAUGGGUAUGAGUGUCUUGAUGGCAAGGACUGUGCCAGUUUUUUUUGCUGCUUCGAGGAUUGUCGAACAGGAGCAUGGAGGCACGGAAGAAUACACAUCCGCAUUGCCAAAAUGGACUCCUAUGCCCGUAUCUUCUUCCCAACUGCCUUCUGCUUGUUUAACCUGGUGUAUUGGGUAUCAUAUCUUUACCUUUAAAAGCAGAAGGAAAUCAGUGAUAUAAGCCUUACUCACUGAAUUUCUUAGAGAAGCGGUUUCCUAAUUCCACUUGAAGUAUUUAUGAUGCGCUUUAUAGUGGUCUGAAUUCUUUAGUGCCAUAACCCCGUAAAUAUCAACCAUAUCAUUUGUCCAAAAACUGCCAUCAGGUAACUGUGAAUUAAAUGUCCAUUCAACAUGCUCAAAUAAUUUGAAAUAAAAAUCGUAUGAACAGGUUAUAUACAGCUAUACCUGCUGGAAUAGAGGAAAAGCAGCAGAAAAGGCAAGAGGAGCAUGGCAACAUCACUUAAUAGCUGGUACUGUUAUUUCACACAGGUGAGAGAAUUCCCAGGUAAAGCGCUGUACAGUCUGUUAACACUGGCUAUAAUUAUGCUAUAGCUUUAUUCUUUGUGGGCUUUUCUUUUUGGAAGAGUCAUCUCUCACUUUGAAU